AUGCAGCAUCCUGGAGGAACAUGCGUGGCAUUACCCAACGUGGACGCCUGUCCUCAGCUGUCCUGCGCUGCCCUCACCUUCAUGUAUUUACAGCAGCAAGGUAACCAAGAGACACCAGCAACCCCGGAAACAUCCAUGGCCCAGGCUUACCCAUCAGCCCAAUUUGCCCCCCCUCCCCAGAACGGCAUUCCAGCUGAGUUCACAGCUUCACAUCCCCAUCCGCAUCCACAUACCCACCCACAUCCACACCAGCACCCAGCAGCACCACAGGACUACACCGGGGUCCAGGCCUCCGUCAGUGAGCAUCCACUCAACAUGUACCAGUCCUCGCAGAGCCACAGUGAACAGGGCGGGUCAGACUCUGGCAGUCAGACAGUCACCGGCACAGCCACACAGACAGAUGAAGCCGCCCCGACGGACAGUCAGCCGCCAACACAGACUGUACCUGAAAGCACAGAUAGCAAGGCCCAACCCAAGAGACUUCAUGUCUCCAACAUCCCCUUCAGGUUCAGAGACCCAGAUCUCAGGCAAAUGUUCGGUCAAUUUGGCAAAAUCUUAGAUGUGGAAAUCAUCUUCAACGAGCGUGGUUCGAAGGGUUUUGGGUUCGUAACAUUCGAGCAUAGCGUGGACGCCGACAGGGCCAGAGAGAAAUUACAUGGCACUGUGGUCGAAGGUCGUAAAAUAGAGGUCAACAAUGCAACUGCCCGAGUAAUGACAAAUAAGAAGACUGUCAACCCAUAUGCAAAUGGCUGGAAGUUAAAUCCAGUGGUCAGCGCUGUCUACAGCCCAGAAUUCUAUGCAGUACAAGGUUUUCCCUACCCAGCAGCCAGUGCAGCAGCAGCGUACAGAGGAGCCCACCUACGCGGUCGAGGACGGACCGUGUAUAACACAUUCAGGGCAGCUGCCCCACCUCCCCAUAUCCCAUCUUACGGAGGUGUUGUUUACCAGGAUGGAUUUUAUGGUGCAGAUAUUUAUGGUGGUUACGCUGCAUAUCGAUAUGCCCAGCCUACUGCUGCCACAGCUGCUGCAUACAGUGACAGUUACGGACGAGUAUAUGCUGCCGACCCCUACAACCACACACUCACUCCAGCAGCCACAUACAGCGUUGGUGCCAUGAACUCGUUCACCCCACUGACAGAUGCCAAAACUCGGAGCCAUGCUGACGACGUGGGGCUGGUGCUGUCCUCUCUCCAGGCUAGUAUAUACAGAGGAGGCUACAGUCGCUUUGCACCGUAUUAG